AUGACACAGAAAGAGCAGACGGAGAUACGGAUUAUUGUGUUGGAGGAUGGCGAACGAUUGGAUAGUGUGAUUCGAAAGGUUGAGAAAGGCUGGAUCGUUCGCUUCAAGCGUGGCUCUUCUCUACUCGGAAAGAAAGUCAGUGUCUACACCACAGUCUCCCCUGGAUCUCCACUCAAAUGGUCAGAAGGAAAAGACCAUUUAUCGGUUUUCUGUGAGGUCAAAUGCCAGGAAGCCGGAUCUUUUCGAUACCAUUUUAUCGUGGAAUCCGAAGAGUCUGAGACAGCUGAAACCGUCGAAUCUGGACACGGAUAUUUCCUUGUGAUGCCCGGACUGCAAAUCAACGGAAAACCAUUGAAUUUGGAUGGGAUUUGUUGUCAGACGUAUCUGACGAAGCUACUCGGACCUCUGAACGAAUGGAAGAACCGUCUGAAAGUGGCGCAUGACACUGGAUACAAUAUGAUCCAUCUGACGCCGAUUCAUGAGUUGGGCGUGUCGAAUAGCGCGUAUUCCUUGAGCAAUCAUCACUCAUUGAUUCAAACACUCGGAGACGGAGCAGGAUUUCAGGAUAUUCAGAAUCUCGUCGAAGAUCUCGAAAAGUCAUGGGGUAUCCUAACGGUCCAGGACGUUGUCUGGAACCACGCCGCGAAAAACGCGAAAUGGCUCAUGGAGCAUCCAGAAUCUGCCUACAACUGCUCGAAUUCUCCACAUCUUCGCCCCGCCUACGUCAUCGACAGAGUCUAUCAUGAGUUUGGAAAGCAAGUCAGCGAAGGAGUGUGGGAGCAUCGAGGAGUUCCAGCUGUUGUCGAGAAUAUUCAUCACGUGAAUGCAAUCGAAUACUUGUUGAGAGCUGAGGUUCUCCCGAAGGCGGAGCUUCAUGAAUUUUUCCAGGUGGAUUUAAAGGCGAUGGUGAAUCUGUUCGAAAUGUUCAUCAAACAAGCCGGCGGCCCGACACAAGACCCUCUCGAUGGACAAGAUGUCGAAAUUGUACAGGAUUCAGAAUUCAGAAGAUUCGGAAGUUCAGUGGAUUUUGAAAGAUCCGCUAGAAUAUUCAACAGAGAGAGAGGAGACGCAGGAUCUGAAGAAGAACGCGUCCAAAAGUGUGUCCAAAGCUUCUCCGCCGCUCUCCAUCAGAAGAAUCUCGAUGCCGCCCGUGACGCGUGGGAGAUCAUUCUAGCCGGUCUACGAGCAGUAAUGGGUGGAAUCACUUAUGAGAGAAUCGCCGAAAAUGGACCCAAAAAGGGGCGUGUCAACGAGGAGAAUCCAUUGACAACUGACUAUUUCUUGCACUUGGAGGGUGAUUUGGGAUGGAGGAGCGAGGAGAAAUUCGCUUACGAUGAGGAGAAAUCAAAGUUUUUGAUGGCUUUCAAUGGAUGGGUUAUGAGUAGUGAUCCGAUGAAGAAUUUCGCAUUGAAAGACUCUCAGACGUACCUUCGCCGUGAACUGGUAUGUUGGGGAGAUUCUGUGAAACUGAACUACGGCGAGAAAGAGGAAGACAGUCCAUUCCUAUGGGACUACAUGAAAGAAUACACUCAACAGGCCGCCCGUAUCUUCCACGGACUCCGUAUCGACAAUGCACACGGAACACCGAUCCACGUGGCAGAGAAAUUGUUGAAAUGUGCGAGAGAAGUCCGUCCGGAUAUCUAUGUGUUCGCUGAGUUGUUCACAGGAAGUGAGCAAGCGGAUAACAUGUUCGUCAAUCGAUUGGGAAUCAGUUCGUUGAUUCGAGAGGCUCAGUCGGCGGGGGAUAGUCAUGAACAGGGACGAUUGGUGUAUAGAUACGGUGGUGAUUGUGUUGGUGCAUUCAAACAGAAGUCCGCUCGUCUCGCUCCAAAUUCCAUUGCCCAUGGUCUAUUCCUUGACCAAUCUCACGACAAUCCAUCGCCAAUUCACACGAGAAGUCCAUUCGACAUCCUUCCGACGGCCGCAAUGCUGACGAUGGCGUCGUGUGCAGUUGGAAGUACGAGAGGAUACGAUGAAUUGGUUAGAGAUCAUAUUCACGUCGUCCACGAAACCCGUCCGUACGCCUCCUGCGCCAACAAUCAAAUCACUGAAAACCAAGGAAUUAUCAAAGGACGAAAAAUCCUCAACAAAUUGCACACUUCACUGGCUCAAAACGGUUUCACACAAGUAUUUGUCGACCAAAUGAAUCCGGAUAUCGUCGGAAUCACUCGUCACAAUCCGAGAAGUCACGAGACUGUCGUCGUGGUGUCCCACACUGCAUUCUCCAAAAAUUACGUGAAUUGGCCGGGCGGUCUCAAGCAUAUUCCGAUUGGAGGAGUCCUCCAUAAAGUGCUGUUUGAGAUGAAAUUGAAUAAAAUUGAGGAGGAAUGGGGAGAUGAGAAUCAGAAUUACCUCCAAGGACUCGAGAAUUUCCAAAUGGAAAUUAGAGAGAAUGUUGGAUUUGAAGAUGGAACGAUGUUCCGUGUCCAUGGUGGAGAAUACAUUGAAUUGACGAAUUUCUCGUCAGGAAGUGUCAUUGGAUUCAAGAUUCGACCGAAGGAAGAGGCGGCCAAUGCGUUUGAGCAGAUUCAUCGAGAAAUUGAAUCCUCCACCGAACUCGACGCAGCUCUCUCCACCCUCACUUACCAGUCGUUCGCCCCACUUCUUUUCCAUUGUGAAUCAGAGGACUACGCGACGAUUGGACAAGGUGGAUACGAAGUUCCAAACUAUGGGAAAUUCGUGUAUUGUGGAUUGCAAGGACUGAUUCCGAUCCUCGAAAAGAUCCGUGAUAACAACGAUCUUGGACAUCCACUCUGCCAGAAUUUGAGAGACGGAACGUGGCUAUGCGAUUAUAUUGUUGGGAGACUGAAGAAGUUUGAUAAGCUGAGAAAUGUGGCUGAUGUUGUGGAGAGUUUGUUGAAACCGCUGGAGCAUGUACCGUAUUAUUUGAGACCGUGCUAUUUUGAGACGAUUAUCUCGUUUAUCUAUGGAAAAAUACGAGCAGAAGUGUUGAGACGAAUGGCACCAGAAAUCGAAAACUCAUCUGCACUCAUUCGUCAUCUAUCAAUCUCGACGAUCGAAUUCCUCGGCUACAUUCCAGGAGCCGGGCUAGCUCCAAUUCCCGAAUCACUCCAACUAGAAGAUGAGCAUCCAUCCAGUCUGGCAGCAGGGCUCACUCAUUUCGCCGUGGGGAUAUGGAGAAAUUGGGGACGUGACACAUUCAUCGCUCUCCCCGGAUGUCUUCUUUCGACUGGGAGGUUCCAGGAAGCCCGUCAGAUUAUUCUCUCGUUUGGCGGUGCUUUGAGACAUGGAUUGAUACCGAAUCUACUGGCGGAAGGCAUCGGAGCAAGAUACAAUUGUCGAGAUGCCACGUGGUUUUGGCUCGUUUCGAUUGUGAAAUAUGUUGAAAUGGCACCUAAUGGACACGAGAUUCUUGGAGACGUCGUUCGUCGUAUCUAUCCGAAAGACAAUACGGUUUAUGGAGAGGAGGAGAAAGAGCAGAAAUUGAUUGAGACGAUCUAUGAGGCGAUGGAUAAACAUUUCGGAGGAAUCGACUUCAGAGAGAGGAAUGCCGGGCCACAGAUCGAUGAGCAGAUGAGAGAUGAGGGAUUUCAGGUGACCGCCGGUGUGUCCCGUUCGACAGGUUUCAUUCAUGGAGGAAAUCGAUGGAAUUGUGGAACGUGGAUGGAUAAGAUGGGCAGUUCGGAGAGAGCUGGAAACAAGGGAGAACCAGCGACACCACGUGACGGAGCAGCCGUUGAGCUCCAAGGAUUGGCAUACCGUACUCUUCGAGCACUGGCCGAUUGGAACAAGAAGGGAUUGAUUGAGAGGAAAGGAGUCAGUGACGAAUGGUCGUGGAGUUUCUGGGCGGAGAAGAUUCGGAGAAAUUUCGAGAAGAAGUUCUACGUGGAGACGGGUGCUCAGGGGCAAUACGUGAAUCGACGAGAGAUUGUGAAAGAUUCGUUCGGAUCGAGUCAUGGAUUCACGGAUUUCCAAUUGAGAUGCAACUUUGCUAUCACUCUCGCCGUUGCACCAGAUAUUUUGGAUGCGAAAAAAGCGUGGAAAGCACUAAAUUCGGCUGAAGUUCUUCUCGGACCACUUGGGAUUAAGACGCUGGAUCCGACGGAUUGGGGAUACAACGGAUACUACAAUAAUGAUGAUGAUGGAACGGAUAAAGUGACGGCGAAAGGAUGGAAUUACCAUCAGGGACCCGAAUGGUUGUUUGUGGCCGGGUACUAUCUACAGGCGAGACUCAAGAUCGGUGAGAUUCUUGGUGGCGUCGAGAAGAGAUAUGCCAUUCGCCAAGUCCAGGAACGCCUCGGAAACGCCUAUCGACACAUCAUCGAUUCCCCGUGGAGAUCCCUUCCAGAACUAACCAAUGCCGGAGGAGAGUACUGUAGACAGAGUUGUGAUGCGCAGGCGUGGUCGGUUGGAUGUCUGAUGGAGGCAUGUAUCAAGUUGAAUACAAUUGAUGAAUAA